AUCGGUUUGAAAAAAUCGCGCAAACUACAUUUUACCAACAGAGUAUAUACAAGCGAACACACGGUGUCGUCUCCAACAAUUUGUCAAUAACUCGGCGGCAAAAAAGUUACGUGGGAAUAGCCACGCUCGUUCUGAAUCAUUAGCAAUUCAUUAGCAAGGACUGCAGCUCGCUCGAAGUUAUUCAGGUUACCAAAUAACGAAGAACUUCAUUAGAAGCUCGCGUCGCUCUAAUCUCCGCAAAAAGCUCGCUCGCAAUCGCAUCGCGUUUUACAGAGCGGCUCAUUUGCGAUGAAAAAAUUUCUCAAAAUCAGCAGCAGCUCUCGCAAGCCUAAUCACCUGCGCAAAAACCAUAAUGCAGUCUCUCUCUCUCUCUCUCUCUCUCUCUCUCUCUCUCUCUCUCUCUCUCUCUCUAUAACCACACCUCGCGUAAAUACAGCGGAGAGUACAUAGCAGCCGAUCGAGCGUCCAGGAUCGGCCGGCUCAUGGGAAACUGGCACGUCUUGGCCACGAAUCUAGGUCAGCGUCUAACUGUUCCGCCGUACCGUUUCUGCCUCUGGUGUACACACACACGAGAGCUCGCGCGCUCGUCCUCCCACUCGGCUUCUUCUCUUCCUCCUCAGCUCGGCCUUCAGCAGGGGGCGAGGUGUACCUCAGUCCCGAGCACCUUCGCCAGUCCUCGAAGGUACGCGGAGUGCGCGGCAUCUCUUGGACAGUGAUAUUCGACGCAGCCGAGGAGGAUCUUAGCGCCACUCAAGGCGGCACGUUUUAUUCUUAUUUUGAAAGACCGAAGAUACGAGGAAGAAGAGGCUCGGUGGUUAUUUUGGCUCGGAUUGCUUCGAUCGGAGAUUACGGGAGGGUUGAUUCGAAGCACGCGAAUCAUGCCUGGCUGCUUCGUGGACAUUAUUCGUUGAUUUGGAUUUUUUCUUUCACUCGCCGGAGAGAGAGAGAGAGAGAGAGAGAGAGAGAGAGAGAGAGAGAGAGAGAGAGAGAGAGAGAGAGAGGAGAACUCUGAGGAGGAUUUUGCAGCAGGAGGUCUGAGAAGAUUGCACAGUGCGUAAAAAUGGUGUCGUCGAUUUUGACGCUGCUGCUGCUCGUCAGCGCCUCGGUGCUGUGCGUGUCGGCGGACUUUCUCAUGGGAGGUCACCUGGAUAACAAAAAGGUGUCCGACGACGCGCUGGUACUCGCGCGAACCGCCGAGGAUUCCGACAUGGAUCUUAUCGCCGAGGAAAGUGGAGCCAGCGUCGCCUCGACGCCCUAUCCGGAUCAGGAGCCGAGGUACAAAAUACCAUACGCCUUUGCGUUCAACGGCGGCAAGCCCUUCUCCCUCGAGAAGGACCCGAUCACCGGAAAGAUCGACUUCGAGAAGACGCCGCCCCUGAAGGCCUUGAACCUCACCGAGACCUACCAGAACGAAGAGGAGGAGGAAAGCGUCGACGGCGAGAACGACGAGACCGCGAGGAUCGACGAGGGCCGGCCGUACGGCAAGAUCGGAUACCUGGACAGCAAACGCGUCGUGUCGACCAACUCGAAGAGCGAGCGGGUCGGGCCCAACGAGAUCAACCCCUACUCACCGAGCUUCCACGACUUUCUCAACUUGCCCGUCAAGUACAGCUCGGAGAAGUACGAGAGGGGCGACAACUAUCCGCUGAUAUCGAGCAGCUACGCCAACACCAAGGUGCAGAGCGGCUCCAACAGCUACAACAUCAAUAACCAUCGGCCGUAUCAUCAGGAGACCGCUACGAAGGUAUCCAUCAGCACGGCUACGCGUAAGGUCUACUACCCGAAGUCCACAUCCUCCACGACAACCACCACGACCACGAUGAGGCCGACCACCACCACGACGACUACGACGACAACGACGACCCCUAAGCCUGUGGAAAAGAAGACCACACCGGUGAAACCCACGAAGCCCCCGACCACCACCACGACCACCACAAGGGCACCCAGCACCACGCCGACAUCCACGACGACGAGCACCACUCAGGCGCCGUCGACGCAGCCGAAGGUAACCACGUGGAAACCGUCCAAGCCGUCCACUACACUCUACGACGAGUACGAAGACAUGUUGCCGAUCGAGAAGAUCCAGGGCAGCAAAUACGACACGCCCGACAAGUUUGCAAAUUAUCCGAUGACGGAAAAGGAUCAAAACGGCCACAGCAACGGACCGCAAAGUCCCCCGCGCGUGAUCGUCCAGACGAGCUACGACUACAACGACGGCUACGACGACUACGACUCCUCUCCGGAAGAGCGACCCUUGGUUCCACCACCACCACCUCCGCAGCAGCCCGUCGAUCAUCACCACCUCCGGCCGCACGUUCCACAGCCUCCUCCGAAUCGCGGCACCGAGAUCGUCCAGAGCAUCGAGCUCGAAUUCCCUUCGACGACACCUCCCAGUACCACAAAUCCUCCACCCACUACCACGACGCCCACCACCUCGACAUCAGCCCCGGCUACCUCACCGUCUCACUACCAUCACCAACAACAACAACAACAACAACCGAUCAGUGGUAUCCACUUGAGCAGCGAUAGACCGCCGAUGAUGGUACCGAUCCAUCCGCAACCGGUUACCUCAAUGCCGCUGGACUACGGAAACGGCCACCUUCACGUUCCACCGGUUCACGAGAACUUUGUCGAGGGUCAAAGGCCCAUCGAGUUCUACAACAAUAAUAAUGCUCAUAAUAAAAAUAACAACAAUGGGGGACACUCGGGAGUACACUUCUCGGGCAACAUGUACGGCAAGCCCGGAAGCGUGAUCAGCGUCUUACCGGAAAGCACCAGCAACGUCAUUGUGCCUCACGAUCAGGACACUGUCUCGUUCGUCCUGGGUAACAGACAGAACGUCGAGGGAAGCUACUACACUCAUGGAACUGCUAUGGAGGAACAUUCUUACGCUCCCAAUUCUAACGACAAGAACUUCAGGCCGAUCUUUGGUUCGGGUUCUUCGAACGUGCAACAGCCGGGUCACGAGCAGAAGGUCUCCGUAGCCCUGCCGUCAGUAGCCGUAGUCGAGCCAUCCGUCUCCACGAGCUACAACGCUCAGAACUGGUACAAUCCUUCUUCGAACCAAGGACCGGUCAAAUCUAUCCCGAUGCCAGAUGGCGACUCCCAGAAUACCAAGAUCGUCCAGUCGUCCUUCGUUUUCCCGUCACCAAACGGUAACGAGAACAACAACAAGGACUCCGCGACUCAGACCGACGAAGUUGCCCCUCCCGGAUUCGUCAACUUCCCCGACGGCGGUUCCAAGGACAGGAACGAUGAGCACAACCAGCGACCAGUGGAAGAACACAUAAUCGUCAUCAAUCAGGCCGACGGCUCGAUCAAGGAGAUCACACCUAAUGGCUCGAACAGUUUUGCCGAUAACGCCGUCGUCAUAAGUGGAGGAAACAAUAACGGCCAUCAUGAGGGAAACAACAACAACAACGCUAACAACCCGAAUUUGCCACAACUCUCGGAGAGCCUGACACCACCAGCUGAAAUCAGACCUUCUAGGCCACCGUCUGGAGGUAUAAGCCAACGUCCGCCCUACUACUUCCACUACCAACACGGAGGCGCUCCAAACUUGGGUAAACCCUCGGAGUAUCCCCCACGUCCUCAGAGGAUACCUUUGCCACCGAGACAGAAGCCCGAACCACCGCCAGUAGGUUUUAAGAGGAGACCUACACCCCACGACACGAAAUUGCCCAACAUCCUGCCGCAGUUCAGACCCAACGCGAAGACCUCACAUGGACACAGGGGCACCGAUAAAAUUGGAACACUACCAGCGCCUCAAACCUACCCACCAAACCGCUCGCGUCCCCCUACCCCCCAAUCGCCACCCCCGCACCUACACCCAUCUCGCAGACCCCAAUCUCACCCUCCGAACUCGCCGCCACCCCCGCACUUCCACCGUCUGAGUCCGCCACCUCCACCACAGGGUCACCCCUCUAACUCUCAUCCUCCCCCUCACCACCACAACCAGCAGCAACAACAGCCACCUCAAAUACUGCGUAAGAAGGAAGACAUCGGGGGUCCGGUGGCAUCACUACCCUCGAAUCCCGAACACCUCAAACGCUUUCGACCACCGAUUGGCGGUCGAUUGGUCGUCCAGAAACUUCGCAUGGAAGACGAAAUCACGGGUGACAGAUUCUCCGCGGAACCACCGCAGGUGCCACCGAGACCGAUCAUCUUCCCGAAGAAUAGGGCGGAUAAUCAGAUGCCAAAAGUCUCGACGCUGCAGAUGAUCCAACAGAGGGGCGGACUCGAUGAAGAGAUCAUCAGGUCGAAUCUGCCACCGCUUUUCAAGAUCAACAGGUCCGAUGAGAAGAGCGACGAGAACGACAGAGACGAGAACUCGACUUCGGCGAACGAUGCCGAUCGGCGCAAGAGCCCAGUCGGGGACUCGGACGUCCAGGACGGAUCCAGCGCUUCCGAAAAUGGUCCCGUCUAUGUCGUCUACCCGGUGAACAGCGCCGUCAACAUCGGAAGUCAAGAGGAUAUGGUGGAGCGCGACGAGACAGUCGUCAUUGGUACCAGAGGACCACACAGGCCUCUGCCUCCGGACACAUUGUCUCUGCACGACGAGGAAGAUAUUGAUCGCAAGGAUGGCGAGGAGGGCUACUAUUACGGAAAGAGGCCGCAGCAUGUGAAUAACGUCAAUGGAGAUUAUGCAUUACAUCAGGGUUACCCGAUCGACCGACCGGAGUCUUCUCACCUGAUCCGGGAGAAGCCUCUGCUGAUUCCCAGCGAGGAUGUCGAGAAAGACUCGGAGAACGACCACAAGCCCGAGGAAUCCAACUCCAGCGACAGCAGUUUCAACGUCAUCUCCUACCUCCAAGACUUCCUGCCGUUCCCCACGAAGAAGCAGCAGACUGCCACGAUCUCAGCUACCCUUCCGCGACUACCGAUCUUGGCCUCCUCCAGCCCCAUCGCCUACGUCUACACUCCCACUACCCCGUCGGCGGUCCACCGACACGAUCUCCACCUCGACGACGACGACGAGGCCGACGAUGACGACUUCCUGCGCAUAGACCACCGCAACGAGAAACCGGUGCUCUUGCCGUCUCAGCAGCCGAGCAGCUCGUCUUCCUCGGCACCGUCGCCCCAGAACUUCAUGGCGCCGUUCGUCGCCAGCGUCUCCGCGGAGAUGCCGCCUAAAAACAGUUGGAGCGUCGUCGGCCUCCAGGUCAACGGCACCGAGAGGACCAACAACGAGAAGAAGGACAAGAAGGAGGAGAAGGUAGCCAGCGAAAGAAUCGGCAGCUCCGACAGCCAGGAGAACGAGACGCAAACCGAGCACGUCGACAGCGGCGAUAACUUCGACCCCGAGAACUUCAAGCCUCAGCUGUUCGGUGGCUUCAAACCCAUCUACGAGUUUCCCGUCGACGAGGACGACAGCACGGCGAUGGUCGGCAGAGGAGUCGUCGCCAGGUCCGAGGUCCAGGUCAACGCCGACGCUGGAAGAAAGCUCGAUAAGUGAGGAGAGACGAGUAGAGGGUCGGCGUCUAGGAAAUUUUUUGUACUCGCUCUAGAGACGUUCCCUUGGGCAUUUGUCGACGGAGCAUCGUUCGAAAAAUCAAAUUCGGAAGUGAGCUACGUAUAUAGCUUGAAAAAUUUUUACGGACGAAAGAAAUGCUAAAGGGAACGCCAGUCUACUGCACAGAGAAACGACGGGAUCUGGCGCGUGUCGGUGAUUGGUGUGUGUAUAUAUAUAUAUAUAUAUAUAUAUAUAUAUAUAUAUAUAUAUAUAUAUAUAUAUAUAUAUAUAUGUACACGAACAUUACAGCACACACACGCGCGCGCGAGGCUCGCUCGCCAACUUGGGGAAAUAACUUGUUCAUAGAGUAUUAUAAUGAUAAAUAUAAACGAAUCGUGCGCUCGAGUUGAACCGCGCGAGGCGAGCAUGUGCUCAUUCGUGAACUGAACUAUAUAAUGUACUUACGUUUUGCCGCGCUCGGCGUGAACAUUUUUCUGAGACUUGAGAAAAUUACAUAGGCUCGCGUAGAGUGAGCCCAUCUCAGACAAAUUUUCUUCGCCCGAGUCAAUUGCACUCGAAGUUUUAAGUGCCAAUUGUACUGUUGUAUGCCAAACUAUAUUUUAUAUAUUAUUUUAUA